AUGUCGUCCGCUUCUAGGAGCUCGUGGAUGCCGAGCCGUGGUCUGAAUCGCCAGAGUACCAGACCAAGAGGUUUCUCUAGGGGUGCCGUCGUUGUAAGCCACGACGAUGCAUACACGUUUGCACUCCGCGUCGCCUACCUCAACUACCUCCUGCAACCCAGGCAGAAACGAAAGCAAUACGUCGCCGCCCCGAAACCUGCCCAACGAUCCCACACCAGCGUCACCGAGCUGGUCGGCCAGUUCGUUUCUGGCAGUUCUAAUAGCAUCAAGCUCCCGCACGGCUUUCAGAAACCUCUUGAAAAGAGAAUUAAGAAUGUUCUCACAGGAAAAGAGCCGAUGCAGGGCUUCAACGAUGCAGCCCUCAAGCGAAGUUUCGCCGAGGCGUACACAGCAUUUACCGAAAAGAGCUUCCAAAAGUCUGUCGAGAAGGACCGAAAGCUGGAGCCAUACGUCCUCAUGUUCUACUCGUCCGCCACAAAGGCCAACCAGAAGUAUGCCGCCCUGACAUCCACGGUGGACGACUCGUGGAAGGAAGUCGCCGAUAGGCACAUGGCCAUGUUCAUUCGACUGGUGGCGCAGACCCUCCGCGAUCAGGGACACGACAGAGACAGGCCCGAACUGAUGAGCCGUUUGCACACGCUGGAGAACAAGCUGCUCACCAGAGACCAGAACCUUUCAAUCGACACGGGUCAGGAUGGAGGUCACACCAUCGAGGUUGUCGUUCCCCUUAGUUACGACGUGAAGGACAUGCCAGUGGUUCUGACGGUUGCCCGCAUAUUUGGCCGGUCCAACUCUGAAGUUCAAGCCGAUAUCGAUGCCAACCGCCAGGUUUGGACUGAGGAGUCUGCGCUCAAAGACGUCAAGGCCUACCAACAGCGCCUGGCUUCUGAUGCACCUGGUGCGUUGAGGAGCGAAGAUUUUGACCUUGAGGACGCUUUUCAAGAAUGGAAGAGAGCUGAGGCCCCACAUCUGUCUCAAAUCAUUCUCGAUAUCCUGACUGUCAGACCAGAGCUGGCGAAGACGUCGUCAGGAGCGGACAAGCCACUUCCAGGUCGGCCAAUGUCCAUGUUUGGCGAUGAGCAGGCGUUUUCCGAAAUCAGCAAGGCAAUCUCAAGUCCCGAUGGUUCCACUCUCGGCUUCGACAGCUCUCUUGGUUUUGGCUCGUUGGGACUCGACGACUCAAACCGGGGAUUUGAUGAGGCCGUAUACACAUUUAUUCCCACAGAUGCGAGAGCAUUCUACAAGGCUAUUCUGCAGGUCUGCAUGACGUACGAUCAACUACACGCUGACCCUGUCGCCGAAUGGAGCCCAAUCUCCAAACAGUCCACGGAUCUGCUUAUUGAGCUUUGCGUCUACUGGCGUAUACCGCAGUUCUCGAGAUUGGUCGCGUUCGUUGAAGUGGUUUCCAAGAAGUUCCUCGACAGAGAGAUCGGUGCGGAUGAGUUGUCUGUCGCCAUCGAAUAUGUCAAGUCCUCCUCGCCUGAAGUGAAGAAGCCGCCGCACCUUCACCAGUACAACCUUGGGCUCGCCUCCAUCGACCAGAGUCGUUGGACAAUGCACGAUUUCACUGUCUAUCAGCAGACCUUGCACGCCCUUCACGACGCUCUCCUUCGAGAUCUGUACGACCUCAUGGUUCGCUGUUAUGAAUCCAAGCCACCGCCUAUCGUAUCGAUAAUGAUGCUUCUCGAAGAACACAUUCUGCAGGACCCGUCAUUCUCUCCCAAGCCAGAGCAGGUGCAGGAAUUCGCCAAUCAUCUCACAGAGGGUUUGAAGCGUGCUGCGACGGAAGUUUACAACGCAUUCGUCCACGACAAACUGCCUAACCACGCUGCCGAAUGGGAAUUUUCGCAUGUCAUCGAACUUGGAAAGGCAGUCACCAAGCUCUCCGAUAAGAUUAAAAAGCGGUACAGAAACAUCCCAGAUAUUAUGGGCGUGCAGCCGUGGCAGGUCUUGGUUGAAGUGAUGUUCCCAAGUUUUGAGCGAGACGCGCAACACAUCAUUGAGCGUACGAUUGCCGUCUCCAAGGAGAGGGGAGAAGAAAUCAACAUGGAGGACGGAUUCAGCCUGUACAAGGAGCUGGUCGGGUUACGGCAAACUCAUCAUGCAGCUCUGCCCGAUAAGCCUUUCGAGUUCCAAAUUGAGGAGCUACUUGUGGACUUUGUCUGGAGAUGGGUCAAGAACGCCGAGACCAUGAUGGUCGAGUUUGUCGACAACGCCAUCAAGCUUGAUUCUUUCCAAGUUCGCUCUCAAAACCCCGAAGACAUCGCCACUGACGCCGAACGUCACAGUUCAUCCAUUAUUGACAUGUUCAUGUUCUUCAGGCAAACCACGGAACAGGUGUACCAGCUCGAGUGGGACAGCGAUGUCCAUCAUGCCAGAUUCAUGACUGCUCUUGCUAGGUCCUUCGCAGCUGGCAUUGGACAGUACUGUGAAGAGGUUGAGAAGAGGUUCGCCAAGGAGAUGGAUAGGCCAACUGUUCAAGAUACGGCCGCGGCAAACAAUAAGACGACACAAGAAAUGUUCAAGCAAUACGCCCAGAUUGCUCGGGAUGCCUGGAACACUAAGGAGGCACCUGAGCCUUUCCAAUUUUACGCAGAGUCAUUCGUCAAGCUCAACAACAUCGAGUACGCAAUGCAAGAGCUUGAUAAGCUCGAAAAGAGCAUGAAUGUCGAUGCGUGUGCCGAUGUUCUACGGAGAGCGGAGGGUGUCAAACAGCAACCAAGACGGCCUAACAAGUACGUCUUCACAAUCAAGGUUGUCGAAGCCGAAGACCUGAAGGCCUGCGACCCUGGUGGCUACAGUGACCCCUAUGUGGUGCUUGGAGACGAGUACCAAAAGCGUCUAUACAAGACGCGGAUCGUGUACAGAAACUUGAAUCCGCGAUGGGACGAAUCGGUCGACAUCACGGUAUCAAGUCCGCUCAACAUCAUCGCCACCAUUUGGGAUUACGAUACCUUUGGUGAUCAUGACUUCGUUGGCCGUACGUCUUUGAAGCUGGACCCCAUACACUUCAGUGACUACUUGCCUCGGGAGUACUGGCUCGAUUUGGAUACCCAAGGCCGGGUCUUGCUGCGUGUCAGCAUGGAGGGAGAGAGAGACGACAUUCAGUUCUAUUUUGGGAAGGCAUUCAGGCAUCUGAAGCGGACGGAGAGAGACAUGGUUCGCAAGAUUACGGAUAAGCUCCGUGCUCAAAUUAGCGCGACAAUCUCUCACGACACGCUCCGAAGUCUACUCAAGGGAAGCGGCAUUGGCUCUUCCGUGACUGCGCUGUGGAAGAAGCGCUCCUCUACGAUGCCCGUCGUGGCGACAACCGCGGCCGAUAUCGAGGGUGCACUGCAACCACUGUUCCAUUAUUUUGAUCAAAACUUUGCCGUCAUGAAACAGACCUUGACGGAUGCGACGAUGCUUGCAGUCAUGACGCGCCUUUGGAAAGAGGUUCUCAUGGCGGUUGAGAAUCUUUUGGUCCCUCCUCUAUCCGAAAAACCCUCUUCGCAGAAACCUCUAACCCAGAAGGAAUCAGACAUCGUCUACAAAUGGCUGCAAAUGCUCUUCGACUUCUUCAACGCCAAGGACGAAAGUGGCGAGCAGCUCGGUGUGCCGCAGGAUGUGUUGAAAUCGCCUAAGUGGCACGAACUUGCCGCGCUGAACUUCUUCUACUUUGAAGACACGCAGAACCUCAUCCGGGAGUCGGAGCGCAUGGCGGCUGCCAACGCCCAGCGGGCGCAACAGAUGCUGCUGCAAGAGAAGCACGAGAACCGACUGUCCGCGCCGGCAACAUUUGGACCGACUUUUAGUGGCGGACCUGGCGCUUUCGCGAGUAUGGGCACGAUUCGCCGCGGCAAGUCGAUCAUGAUGAGUCGAAACCUGGGGACGAUGCGACGGGCCAAGGAGGAGAAGCGCAAGGAGGCCCAGGCGGAUCCCAGCGACGAUAUGAUUCUUCGCAUCCUCCGCAUGAGGCCCGAGGCGGUUGGGUAUCUCCGGGAGAGGCACCGACAAAAGGAGCGCCAGGCCGCAGCCGCCGCAGCUGCGCUGAUCGUCAAGAACAGCGUCAACCAAGGAUGGAACACGGGCGGUGCCGGCGCUUACGGCCGCAACAAUCUGCCCCGGAGGUGA